CUGAUCCCAUCAUCUUGCAACUCAUUCUCUCUCAGCCCCAUUCCAGAACUUCCCUGUUGUUUGAUGGUCAUGGGCUCCCAUAUCAAGCUUCUCCCUCAUCCCUGCUCCCAGCACCCUGGGGCCCCAAUCACUGCUCGACUUGGAUGCAGUGGGGCCCAGAAGGUGACUGUGCCACGCCUGGGGGUAGUAGCCCUGUCUGUCACAAGUUCUGAGUGAGCACCGUCUUUGUGGAUCCUUAAGCACAUCUCGUGGAGAGAGGCCAAGCCAAGUACCCAGCGGAGCCCCAUGAGCUUGAGGGCAAGCCCAAGGACACCUAUCUCUCUCCUGACAUCCUUUCUGGUCUGACACGUGGUCGUCGUCAGUGUUAUUAAAGAGAAGACCAAGGCUGGGUUAUCACUGGAGGAAGGAAAACCGAGUAGCCAGCUGGACUAAGGGCAGGCAAGACAAGACGAAAGGCAAGGCAGCAUGAGCCGAUCACCCCCCAACGCCAUACAACUCCGAUCCGUGCGCUCCCAGGGUACCAUGGCUUCCCUGCCGCAGCCGUCUGCUGUCCAAAAUCCCCCCUCUCACUCUUGGGCCUCUCUGUGUGGGUCUCCUCCCUGGGGCCUCAGCUGUCUUCUGGCUCUGCAGCAUAUCUUGGUCCUGGCUUCUCUCCUCUGUGCCUCCCACCUGCUCCUGCUUCAAAGUCUCCCUGCAGGAGGACUCUCUUCCUCCCCUGCCCAGCUCCUGGCCUCCAGCCUCUUUUCAUGUGGCGUGUCUACAGCCCUGCAAACUUGGAUGGGCAGCAGGCUGCCUCUUAUCCAGGCUCCAUCCUUAGAGUUUCUUAUCCCUGGUCUGGUGCUGACCAGUCAGAAGCUACCUCUGACCACCCGGACACCUGGAAACUGUGAGCACAGAGCAAGGGCACAGGCCUCCCUUGUGCUGCGCCUGUGUGGGGGACCUGGCUGCCAUGGCCUGGAGCUCUGGAACACUUCUCUCCGAGAAGUGUCCGGGGCCGUGGUGGCCUCUGGGCUGCUGCAGGUCAUGCUGGGGCUGUUCGGGGGUCCUGGCCACUUGUUCCCCCACUGUGGGCCCCUGGUUCUGGCCCCCAGUCUAGUUGUGGCAGGGCUCUCGGCCCACAGGGAGGUAGCCCUGUUCUGCUCUGCUCACUGGGGCCUGGCAUCGCUGCUUAUCCUGCUCAUGGUGGUCUGUUCUCAGCACCUGGGCUCCCGCCUGUUACCGCCUCACCCCUGGAGGCGGGCUUCAGCCUCUUCAACCCACACUCACAUCCCUGUCUUCAGGCUCCUCUCGGUGCUGAUCCCAGUAGCUUGUGUAUGGAUCAUCUCUGCCCUGCUGGGUCUCAGCAUCAUCCCCGGGGAGCUGUCUGCCGAGGCACCGUGGUUUUGGCUGCCUCACCCAGCUGAGUGGGACUGGCCCUUGCUGACACCCAGGGCUCUGGCUGCAGGCAUCUCUAUGGCCUUGGCAGCUUCCACCAGCUCCCUGGGCUGCUAUGCCCUGUGUGGCCAGCUGCUGCAUUUGCCUUCUCCACCUCCGCAUGCCUGUAGCCGAGGGCUGAGCCUGGAGGGUCUGGGCAGUGUGCUGGCCGGGCUGUUGGGGAGCCCCAUGGGCACUGCAUCCAGCUUCCCCAACGUGGGCACAGUGAGUCUUCUCCAGGCUGGAUCUCGGCGAGUGGCCCACUUGGUGGGGCUGCUCUGCGUGGUGCUUGGGCUCUCCCCGAGGCUAGUCCAGCUCCUCACCACCAUCCCGCUGCCUGUGCUUGGUGGGGUGCUGGGGGUGACCCAGGCCGUGGUUCUGUCUACUGGAUUCUCCACCUUCCACUUGGCUGACAUUGACUCUGGGCGGAAUGUCUUCAUUGUUGGCUUCUCCAUCUUCAUGGCCCUGUUGCUGCCAAGAUGGUUUCGGGAAGCUCCAGUCCUACUGAACACAGGAUCAGAGUUUCCCCUCCUGUCUGGCCCCAACCCCCUGUAG